AUGGAUGAGGGGGAGCUGCGCGCAUGGCAGCUGCACGGUGCAGCAACGCCUUCAGACGCCGUUGACAAAGACAGUCUAGACAGGAAUGCCGUUACUACUGGAGACGUUUUGUUUCCAAAGAAGCAGGCGGAGGAUCUGAACCUGGAGGAUUUGGGUCGUGCUGGCAUGACAGAGCGGUCUUUCGUGCGCAGCGGGCGGUGCGCUCAGAGCGGACCGCUGCGGCAGCGGAGAGACGGCAACCAGCCGAGCAGCAGGGUCACAUGGAGCCCUGCUGCUAGCGGCAGCGGAAGGGCCGCCAUGGAGAGCCCUGUCGAUCGCCAGGUGGAUCGACGGCACUGGUCGCGCCAUGACGUCAGCCUCUCGUAUAAGUACCGCGCAGGGUCACGACAUCAACUUAUCGCAGCAGAGUGGGUGGCGCGGCGCCUGGAUGCAGCGGCGGAGCUCUACUGCGCCAUGAACGGGGAGGAGGGGGAUGCCGCCAUAAACGGGGUCCAGGGGGGCGCCUCCGCCUCCGCCAGCGCGUGCCGCUGCCCCAUAGUGGUGCUGGGGGCGGGCACUCCGCACGUGCAGCCGGUGCUGAGUCAACACGGGCACAUGUGGCAUGAGAGCAGCGCGUGCGCUCAGUACCUCAUGGACAAGGUAGCGUUUGGGGCAGGUAGCGUUUGGGGCAGCCGCCUGCCACACCUCUCCGCCCCAUCCCCCCCCACAGCACGGCACGGCAUCCCCUCCGCACACAUCUACAAGGAGUGGGCGUCGUACGACACCGUGGCAAACGGCUUCUUCUCCCUCGUGUGGCCCCUCAAAACGGUCCCUCCCCACUGUUCCCCCCUCCUGCUCUUCCCCCCCUCAGCACGGCAUUCCCUCCGCACACAUCUACAAGGAGUGGGCGUCCACGGCAUUCCCUCCGCACACAUCUACAAGGAGUGGGCGUCGUACGACACCGUGGCAAAUGGCUUCUUCUCGCUCGUGUGGCAUGCAGUGCCGCGGCGCUGGCAGCGCCUGCUGGUGCUCACGUCCGCCUUCCACAUGCCGCGCUCCGCCCUCAUCUUCCACUGGAUCUUCUCCCUGCAUGGCUCGGCGCAUUCUCUUCCGCGCUCUCCUCACUCUCCUCCGCUGCUUUCACCAUCCUCCUCCUCCUCCUCCUCCUCCUCCUCCUCCUCCUCCUCCUCCUCCUCCUCCUCCUCCUCCUCCUCCUCCUCCUCCUCCUCCUCCUCCUCCUCCUCCUCCUCCUCCUCCUCCUUCCUCCCCCUCUCCCCCUUGCGGCCACCACACGGCCAAUGGGAGGAGUACAUUCCCCCCUGGAGGGACCAUGGGGGAAGGGCGGACGGAAAAGAGGAGACUGUGGAGGGGGAAGGUGCAUUCAGGGGAGGGUGGUCUGCAGGACAGUGUGGGGGGAAGGCAGAGGGGAAUGGGGCUCCGUUGGGGGAUUCACCUGAUCAGGUGGUUUCUCAGGUGGCGUCACCUGGGGAUCCGUUGGAGCAGGGCUAUGAGAUUCGGUUCAUCAGUGCAUCGGAUGCCGGAAUCAACCCUGACAUGAUUCAGGUGCUUCCCUCCCCAUCCAUGCGCCAUUACACAUACCACUACCCUCACAUGGUUCAGGCCCGGCAAAGCAAGGAAGCGGACAGCAUUCGCCUGCUGCUGCCCUACAUUGCUUCAGUGCGCUCCUUGCCAGCCUUCCACCACUACAUGCACACGGAGCACCGAGCAUACAACGUGCAGCACCAGGAAGAGUUUGGACGGGUGAAGAGUGCUGAGGAGGCGACGUUUGAUCCCAUCAAGCUGUGCUACUGA